UGAAUCAUAAACACAAUUUGACACAGAUAGCACAGCAUGUCAAAUAGUUAGUGUGUUAGGUUGUGCAUACACGACUAAGAAUAAUAAUUAACUUUAUAUUAGUUGAUCCUGUGCUCGGUGUGUGUGCGCGUGUGUGCGUGCAGCUUUAGCUAGUUGUCCGUGCUAAAGUACUCACUCACAGAGGACACAGUAAUCAUGGCUUACACGCAGAUAUUGAGAGCUCUCCACCGGACAGCGACACACAAAUACACACACGUGAGUUUUCUCGUGCACACACACCAUGGAUGUAUAAUAAGAGACACACUCCGGAACGCGUGCACGGUGUCCGGUUUGACCCUCCAGAGGACCGAGGCUCCCCGGUGUUUCCUGCCCGUGCUGAGCUGCUUCCUCCGGGCACAGCGGGGAGUCUGUCUCCGCUCUGCAGCCCGGAACCUGAGCAGCAGCUCCGGGGACAGAGACCGGUCUGUGUCCCGGUAUCCGAGUGGGAGCCCGAAGCCCUCCGCGGCUCAGAAAGUGAUAGCGGCCGGUAGAGACUUCACCUACCUGAUCGUUGUUCUCAUCGGACUGGGAGUGACGGGUGGGCUGCUGUAUGUGGUUUUCCAGGAGCUGUUUUCCACCUCGAGUCCAAACAAAGUGUACGGGAAAGCCUUCAACAUAAUCCGGUUAGACCCCGGGGUUGUUGGUGCUUUUGGGGAGCCGAUCAAGUGUUACGGAGAGACGACGCGCCGAGGGAGGAGGCAGCAAGUCAGUCAUCAUGAGUUCCUGAAGGACGAAGUGAAGCAUCUGAGACUGAAGUUUUACGUCGAAGGAUCGGAGCCAGGACGCAAAGGGACGGUGCACACAGAGUCAAGAGAGAAUCCCAAAACUGGAAAAUAUGAGUUUCGUUACAUAAUUGUGGAAAUGGACACCUACCCGAGACGAACCAUCAUCGUGGAGGAUAACCGAUAAGAAAGAAAUAAAUAUAUGAGUGUCACUUCGCUGAAAAAGUAUUGUGGGAAAAUGUGUUUGAGUUAUUGGAUAAAUAGCUUAAGAUUAAGUCUAAAUGUUAUUGACUAUUAAAAGGUGUUGUGUUCAAAAUCAACAGUUUUGGUUGAUUUUAACUUUGCCACAACACUGGAGCAUUUGGGAAGCACAGUCUCUUUCACAGGAAAUUAUCAUGGACUCUUAUGUGUUAUUGUUUUGUAAAUAAUACACAUGCUACGCAUUGUUUUCCUGGAUGCCAACCUGUAAUUAAAGAUGCUUUUUGAUUGUAA